CUUGUUCGGUGUGAAUGAGUGAGAAAAUCAUGUUUUAUAUACAAAUUUCCCACUUCUUUGUGAUGGAAAAAACUUCUGUUUUUGAUAAUGUCAAAGUGAAUCACAAGACGAAGAGUAUAGUUAUUUGUUUUAUAUAUAUAUAUAUAUAUAGUUGUAAAUGAGUUUAUACGGAAUAAAAUAUAUGAUGAGUGAGACUUUAUAUAGCAAGAAUAGCUAGUUACUGUGACACUGAAUAAAAUAAGUAUAUGUGCAUUAAUCAGACAUGACUGUUAAGGGCACAUGUGGAAUGGACAAAUGUGGUGGAUGAUAUAGAUGAUAAAGGGGGGAGAGGGAUAAAUGAACAGUGAAACAUAGGUGAAAUGUGAAAUCCAUAAAAGCUAUAUUUCCUACAUUCACAAACAAGUUAGGAGUAACAUAUUCAAUUCAAUUCAAUAUAAUGGUUGGUUGCUUCCUACUGGUGAAGGGGACCCUGUCGUACCACAGGGGUUUAUCAGGGUAUGACCCAUUUCUUCUAUGGGUCCCUCUUUCCUACAACACCUCACCCUACCACCCCUGCUACCCCUCAACCCCUUUUCUUCCUUCCCUUAUAAGUGUUGUGGGUGACUAUUAUUUUCGGGACGUAUUAGAAAAAAGAAGAAAAGUUGUAUUCUUGGAUGCAUCCUUUUGCUUUCUACAUUUCACUGAUAUUCAUUCAACUGAUCCUCAACUUUCUUGCUAGCUUCUUCUUAAUAAUAUAAUAUAUUUUUUUUCUUACUCCUUUAGUUGUUCUUGUGUAAAUAUAUAUGUACAUGUAAUGAUGAAUUCAGCAGGAGGAGCACAAGAUAAUAAAGACGAGUCGGAAAUUAGCAAUAAGAAGAUAAAGAGAAAUCGCGACAGUAGCAAGCAUCCGGUAUUUCGAGGAGUCCGAAUGAGGAAUUGGGGAAAAUGGGUGUCAGAAAUCCGCGAGCCGCGUAAGAAAUCGCGUAUUUGGCUUGGUACUUUCCCAAAUCCAGAAAUGGCAGCUAGAGCUCAUGAUGUGGCAGCGUUAAGCAUAAAAGGUAAUUCAGCUAUUCUCAACUUUCCUGAACUAGCUGCUUCACUUCCUAGACCAGUAACACUCAGUCCACGUGACAUUCAAGUAGCAGCAGCUAAAGCAGCAGCAAUGGACAAGUUUGAUAACAAUAACAAUAAUAAUAUUACUUCGCCCAAUAAUUCUUCUACAACCACUACUUCAACUCCACCAUCGUCAAAUGUGUCACCUUCUUCAUCUUUAUCAUCGUUGGUAUCCGCAAUAGACCUGGCAACAUCUGAGGAAUUGACACAAAUUAUUGAGUUGCCGAGACUAGGGACAAGUUUUUUCGGUGACGAAUUGAAGAACGAUUUUGUAUUUGCUGAUUGUUCAACUAUGGAAACAGGCUGGUUAUAUCCUGAGGAUGGGGGAAUAAUUUCGACCUGUUUUGAGCCAUCUUUGUUGUGGAAUUACUAAUUUAAGUGCUACAUUCGUGUGUGGUGGAAGUGGAACCCUUCGAAUUUGUGUGGACUGUCAAUUUUUUUUUUUUUUUCCCUCUUUGCUUUGUUGGUUGUAUAAUUUUUUUUUUUUUUUUUUUUUUUUUUUUAAGCCUUUUCUUCAAUUUUUCUGUAGAGGGGCUAAAAAGACUUUUCAUUCUCCAUUUCCUUUGUGUAACUUUCUCUCCUCUUCUUCUUGUUCAAUAAAAUCUAACUGUACAGUGUUAGGAAGGGAAGAA